AUGCAUUCGAUACAUUCUACCAUUGACCUACCAACGGUUACCGAGAUUGAGGCGUCAACCGAUGUCCUUAGUAUACGAACAAAUGCCAUUAAAGUGGUUCGAGUGAAGGAACGCUUCGCGGUCAAGAUCGGAUAUGCAAUUCCACCUUUAGAAGCAAAGAACAUGAGUAUUGUUGCUGCCAACAGCAGGAUUUCUGUGCGAAAGGUUUACGCCAACUUUGUCGAUCCAGAAACCCAGAAAAGAUACAUCGUUAUGGAUUUCAUCCCUGGGCCAGAUAACAACCCAAUUAUUUCUGGGCCAACCAAGGAUCAAGAACAGAUGAACCGAGGAAUAUUCGAAAAGCUGGGCCAAACACAGUCACCGCACUACAUUCGCUUAUUGCAAGAAAUGAUCAAUCGCACUCUCAAGAACUGCACGUUUUCCAAGGUUGUAUAA